GAGAGGCGCUAGUUGUCCAUUUCUGGAGCUUUCUGAAAAUCUGCGCCGGCUCGAGGCUAAACGUUCACACGAGUCAUUGCGUAUCUUUUGCGAGCAGAAAAAGAACGAGUCGCGAAAAAUAGAACGAAAGUACCACGUUCCCAGGUGAAGCGUUAUGGACCAGGUUGCUUUGUUGAAAGAAAAAGGUAAUACUGCUUUGCAAGAUGGAAGAUUUGAGGAGGCUAUUAAACAUUACACAGACGCAAUUGCGUUAGAUAGCAACAAUCAUGUACUGUACAGUAAUAGGUCUGCUGCCUAUGCCAAGGCACGAAAGUAUGAAGAAGCUUUGCAAGAUGCGGAAAAAACUGUGGCUUUGAAAUCAGAUUGGGCUAAAGGUUAUUCGCGUAAAGGCAGUGCACUUGCUUACUUAGAUAGAUUAGAUGAGUCUAUCAAAGCAUAUCAAACUGGCCUAGAGCUGGAGCCUGACAAUGCACAACUUAAAAGUGGUCUGGCCGAAGUCAAAAGUCAACUAGCAGCCGAGUCCAGUUCUUUCAAUAGAUAUGAUCUUUUUGGUAAACUUGCAAAUAAUCCAAGAACCAAAGAGUUCCUAAAGGAUCCAGAAUAUUUAAAACUUCUGCAUCAGCUACAAACCAAUCCAGAAACUGUUGCUGGUAUGCAAUUUCCAGAUCCAAGAAUACUUACAACCAUGGAUGUAUUAUUAAGUACAAAUUCAAAGACAAGUGAACCAAUGGACAUAGAUCCACCUGAACAUUCUGAAGCUGCAAAGCCUAAACAAGAAUCAUCUAAGCCUAAGCAAAAACCACCUAAGACACAGCAAAAAGAACAGGAUAAUCUUCCAGCAGAAAAGAGAGAAGCGUUAAAUGAAAAGCAGUUGGGUAAUGACGCUUACAAAAAGAAGAACUUUGAAGAAGCUCUUCGGCAUUACAAUAGAGCAGUAGAAUUGGAGCCUACAGAAAUCAUUUAUUUAUUGAACAUAGCAGCAGUAUAUUUUGAACAAAAAGAAUAUGAGAAAUGUAUUGCUCAGUGUGAAAAAGCAAUUGACGUUGGAAGAGAGAAUAGAGCUGAUUUCAAACUAAUAGCAAAGGCAUUUACCAGGAUUGGUCAUGCACAUAAAAAGAUGGAGAAUUGGAAACAGGCUAAAGUAUAUUAUGAAAAAUCCAUGUCAGAACAUAGAACGCCAGAGAUUAAAACUCUUCUUUCGGAUGUUGAUAAAAUUAUUAAGGAAGAAGAGAGAAAAGCAUAUAUUGAUCCAGUUAAAGCUGAAGAAGAAAAGGAACUUGGAAACCAGAAAUAUAAGGAUGGAGAUUAUCCAGCGGCAAUAAAACAUUAUUCCGAAGCUAUCAAAAGAAAUCCUGAUGAUCCGAAAUACUAUAGCAACAGAGCUGCCUGUUAUACUAAAUUAGCAGCAUUUGAUCUCGGAUUGAAAGAUUGCGAGAAAUGCGUUGAUAUUGAUCCUAAGUUUAUUAAAGGUUGGGUAAGGAAAGGAAAAAUACUCCAAGGCAUGCAACAACAAAGAAUGGCCUUGACUGCCUAUCAAAAAGCAUUAGAGCUGGAUCCUUCGAAUAGCGAAGCAUUGGAGGGAUAUCGAUCCUGUGCUGUUUCUGUUAGUUCUAAUCCUGAGGAAGUUAGGAAGAGGGCAAUGGCAGAUCCAGAAGUUCAAAAUAUAUUACGAGAUCCGGCUAUGAGACUUAUCUUAGAGCAGAUGCAAAGUGAUCCUAGAGCUUUACAAGACCAUCUAAAGAACCCGGAUAUAGCGGCAAAAUUGCAGAAACUCUUGGAAUCAGGUCUAAUUGCUAUCCAUUGAGCUGAAAAAUGUUUCUACUUGUGCAUUGCUCUGUGCAUGACAUUUUAUUGUCACCAAGUUCCUUUGGCAUUAAGGAAACCGUGCUGUUCAUUCUCUUUUUGUGUAUUAGAAAUACGUUAUUUAACCGUGCAGGCCGCUUAAUGAUGUAUUCAUUGUACCUAGUUUUUACUUUAUAAGUGAUACAAUUUUGGUUACAAAUACUAAUACUGUAAUAAUAAAGCAAAAUAACAAUAGUAAUAAU